AUGACCCCGAAGGGCCAGCGGAUCCUGACCCUGUUCAUGUGCGCUGUGCUGGCACUCCUCACCUACAGGAUUGCCAGACUUCAUCCAGAAUGGAGGGCCUACGCGGACCACGUCGAGCACGUCGUGGGCCUGCUGCUCCUGGCGGCGUGGUCUGCCGGGCUCUGGGUGAUGAGCGGGGACCGCAGGUGGCGGGUCAAGUGGUCCGAGGUGCUCAAGCUCGAGCACGAGGCGCAGGACUCCUUCAACCCCCGGGACGAGCCCGGCGCGGCCGAGGCGUGCCCGGCCGCCCGCUGCCGGACCGUGACCGCCCUCCGGCCUCGCCGCGGACUCCCCGCGAGCCCCAAGGCGCAGGCCGCCCCGGCCGCCCCUGGCCGGCAACCCACGCCACCCUUCUCGGUGCAGGCCCAGAGGCAGGCAGCUGCAGAAGGCCAGCCUGGCGCACGAGGGAGCGAGAUCUCGGUGCCGGCACGCGUGCUGCGCCGAGAGCGGUGCCCGAAGUUGCAUAGCCUGCUCGGCGGCUUCCAGGUGAACGAGGACAGCUGGCCUGGUCCGUUCGAGGACAUCUACGUCUACAUCGUUCCCCAGUCAUCCGGCGACCUCACGCAGAUCCGCAGCUUCGUUGAGAAGGCUGACGCGGUAGCAACAAGGCAGGGCCGCGUGCUGCGCCACGUGCUCUUCAACCUGAACCUCAACAAGCUGAGGGGCGACAUCGAGUUCGCCCAGGUGGUGGUGCCCCUGCGCCCGGGGCUGGCCACGCCGAAGGUCCAGUACGACUUCCUCUCGACCUUCCGCAACGCCUUCUUCAUCCGCUUCGGGAAGUACACGAUGUCCCUGCUCCGGAAGCCGUUCAACAUCAACUACACCGGAGGGCUGCGGCGCGCGCGGGGUCACGAGACGGCGGAGAGAGUGGAAGAGACAGUUCAUUGCCAGUGA